GCUAAGUGAUGCAAGCCUCUAAGACCUUCGUUUUUCUUUCUGCAUAAGUCUCUUCACUCACUAUCAGCAACAUCUUCUCUUGGCAACCCUUGCUUGCUAGCUCCAUAUAUAUAUUUUUUUAAAUCAAAGCUUGAAACAGACUAGUUUCUUUCUAGCUGCUCCUUCUCAUUCUUGAAAUUUAGAGUAAUUUCAAUCUCAUAAUCAUCAUCAUGUCUUCUCUUUUCUUGAUCUUUCUUCUGUGUCUGUCCAUGCAUGCAUGUGAGGCUCGCUAUAUUGGGCUUGGCCAUAAGGGUUUUGGUGCGUCACUCCAGCAGUCUGGCAAGGGUGUGUUGCUGGUUGUGGAAAAGUUUAGGCUUGGAAUGGAUUCAACUGGAGGAUCAGUUAAGAAGGAAGAUGGUGCAGCUGAAAAGGGUCAUGGUGCAAUCAUUCAAGACUCAAUGACUAGAGCUACAAAGGGACUGAAGUUCACAAGCAGAGCACAAAAAUCAGGGAUGGAAAAGGCCGGAGGUGAUCAGAUUGUAGAGUCUUCUGGUCAUCACAUGGGUUUGCUUAAAGCAACAAGUACUACUACCACUAACAAGGAAGAAGCAAGGAGGAGGAGAUCGGUGCUGCUAUCUGUUAAUAAAGAAGCCGUAGAUUCCAAGAGUAAUGACAAAGUAGAAAACAAUGUGGUGUUUACAGAUUAUAACCCACCACAUCAGACACCGCCCAUUCACAACAAAAGAACUUAAAAUUACAUCUUCAGAUCACAUCAUCAUUUGGUCUUCAAUUAGUUUGCUUCUCUUACUAAACUAGAAAGAAACAUAUAUUAUAUAUCUACUAGCUAGUAGCUUAAUUAGUACUGUUGUUGUUGUUGUGGAACUCAGCGUCCUAUGUUGAUCUAUCUAAGGCGCUUUCUCUUCUUAAGCGGUUCAAUGCAAU